UUUUCCCCUGCUGUUAAAACGCGGCUGAAGCUGCUGAACUCUACUUAAGGCCCAUUGUGACCACCCGCACAGAGCUUCAAAACCAUUGUGUACGCGUCUCUAGAUUUGCGUUCAAUUCUAGGGCUUCGUUCGAACUUUGCGAUCUUCAGCUUUCGUUAUUUGUGGAGGUGAAAACUAGUUCCUUCAAAAUUUGGGUAUCUAGGUAGUAAGGUUAGAAUAUGUCGAGUAAAAAGGAUGAGAAAGCUCAGGUUGCAGCAGAUAGAAUCAAAGCUGCAACUUUAACUGCUGCGAAGGGUCUUAGUCGUGCUCAAGCUGAAAGGGCAGCUACAGCUGCAGCAAGAAAUGUAAAUGCAUAUGGACAGAAGGAAGAAGGACCGAGCAGAUGGCAAGAACGGAAAGAAGCCAAGCGUCAAAUGUACUUAAUGAGUACUGAGAAGCAAGUAAGAUUGGGUGAAAGGAAAGACAAGACAUCCAUGCCUUCACUUGGGGCUUCAUCUUCACAGUGUCAGAAGUGCUUUGAACCAGGGCACUGGACAUAUGAAUGCAAGAAUGAGCGAGUAUACAUUUCACGACCUUCUCGAACUCAGCAACUCAAAAAUCCUAAGUUGCAGAUAAAGACACCAGUUUCAUAUGAGUUGGAUUUCCCUGAUCUUGUGAAAAAGCCUAUUAAGAAGAGCAAGAGGAAGCAUCGUUCGCGUUCAGAUUCAAGGAGUGAUGAUAGCGAGGCUUCUGUUUUUUAUUCCGAUAGUAGUGCUUCAUCAGUUACAGGGUCGGAUGAUUCUAGUAGCUCGAGUGACAGUUCUUCAUCGGAUUCAGAAGAAGAGAGGAGGAGGAGAAGAAAGAAGAGUCAAAAGAAGAGGAGGCAUAGAAAGUACAGUUCAACAUCAGAAUCCUCAGAUUCAGACUCAGCUUCGGAUUCUGAUUCUGAGGAUAAGACCAGCAGAAGGAAAGGGAAACGACACAGCAAAAGGCGCUAGAUGAAAGAUCGCCGUCGUAUAUGGACCCCCAGUAAUGAAUGUUCUUGGCUCCAUGGUGCCCGCUCCUGCUCAAAUUAUAAGCUGCAACUUUCUCAAAUUUUAAGCUGUAACUUGCUCGGGUUAGAUGUACUGUAAAAUUGAUAUUACCCCAUGGAGACCUCUAGAAUAAGUCUGAUGCAAAUGUUUUGUUGCUUUAUCUUUUAAUCGUGCAGAUGAACUUGUUGUGAUGCAACAUUUUAGGGCCCAGUUUAUUACUUUAUUCUCUUCCAGUUAUAUUAUUCUCUUGAUCAUUUUGAAAGAUGAACUUGUUGUGAUGCAACAUUUUAAGGCCCAGUUUACUACUUUAUUCUCUUCCA